AUGCGACGCACUGUUGCUGUGAGAGAGUGGAUAGGAAACAUGCCGACCUCACCUGGUUGGAGAUUUCGCAUGCUACUGGUGUUGCUGGCUGUAGUUGACUCAUUCUUGAGGGAAGCGGCUGAGGCUCAGCUGCGGCCGCAGUCCCCCAAGAGCUUGUUGGACAAGUUGAUUGCCAUGAAAGCGGUUUCAGAAGAGAAUUUUCACACCAUCAUAGGCUCCACGGCCUCCUUUGGAACUCCCACCUACGGCACAACACUGAGAGGGCGGGCAUUUUACGUGCCUGAUGAGCCGCGUAAAGGAGCGGACGGGACCGAAACUGGUUAUCACUGCAACCCAUCGUACUGUGCGUUGAUAAGGGACCAGAUCGAUGACUGGAAACGUACUGGACUGCGAGGGGGACUUGGCAAUGUGGUUCUGUUCGUAGACCGAGGCAUUUGCACGUUUGCUGCCAAGGUGGAGGUAGCACAGAGCUGUGGGGCGGAUGCGGUGGUGGUGGUUGACCAGGGUGCCCAGGGCUGGACACGCGAGAUGAUUCGCCAUAACAUAAUUAUGAGUGAUGAUGGCAAGAUGCGCGACAUCCGCAUCCCUUCCAUUUUGAUAUCCAAAGUGGAUGGCAAGGCAUUUGAAGAAGAGAUACUGGCUGGAAAGGAGCCUGUUCUUGUCGAGUUGGAGUGGCGCAUGCCGGCUCAGUGGCCAGUGGCCGUGAACUUUUGGGCAGACCCUGGAGACGUACAGGCUGCCAGCUUCUUACAGGCUUUGGCUCCCUACAUGCUGCGCCUUGGGGCCCACGUUCGUUUUCAGACGAUUUACAACGUCUUCUCCCUGGGGGGCGGCUCGGAAGAGCUGUGUCUCUCUCAGGGUUUGUAUGAGAAGUACCCAAAACUCUACUGCGCAUUCGAGCCCAACGCACAAGUGCUGGGCCUUACUGGCAGCGAGGUUGUUCAAGAGGCUUUGCUACAAUCUUGUUUGUACUGGGCCACAAAGGUGACCCCUUCAGAUAUGCAGGAAGGCGAGUUUUCUCGCGAGUGGUGGCUCUAUCACCAGAGGCUCGGCGAUCCAAGGGACGGCUGCUCCUUCAGCGGGACGGGCAAAAACGCAUGGGGCCCGCCGUGCUCCAAGCGGGUGUUGUCUGAGGUAUUGUCAAGAGGGCAGUUGCAUUCUGUAGAGCUUUGCAUGACGGAUGAGAAUGGACGCAGUCUGUUGGAGUUUUCAAAGAACAACCGUGGAUGGACAAUAGUCGCCAUGACAAUAAAUGGUGCCAGAUAUAGUGGACAGCUUGCGACGGAGCCAGUCCUUAGAGCCAUCUGCUCCGCAACUGCUAACCCGCUUACGAAUAAAUAUAGAGCCGAAGAAUGCAACGAAAUUGUCAUCGAUGCGCACACUGAAGAUGCUCCUUGGUUGCGGUCAACGAUGGACUCCCGAAACUUUGUCUUCAUUUUGCUCAUGAUUGUUGUGGUUUGUUUGGGACUAAGUUAUUUGUAUUAUCGAUAUGCAAAGAAGCAGCUAGGUGAGGGGAUGCAGCAGCGUGUUCAACAUGAAGUGCAGCAGCAAUUGCAGCUGUACCACAGGAUGGAGGAAGCACCUGGGAAACCCACUGUACCAGAGCGCAGCCCCCUUGUUUAG